GCGUGUACCAGAGGGAUUGGAAGCGACCGCCGCUGAAAAUGUUGUGAACGCUUAUAAACAUUAGACGGAUUACAGUUGCAUAAGACAAAAAAAUUAUUAAAUAAACAGGUACCAGUCACAACCGUUUCCUUAGUAGAACAACAAAUAAUUAAUAUUGGCGUCAGUGUGCUGAACACGAGUCUGUUUUAUCCCUCUGUGUUUUGCAACAACAAGAAGAAGUUUCAACUGAAGUUGCCGCGCGCGCCGCCGGUAGCAAAACACACGGGCUUCUUGCGGUUUGUUUGUUUAAACACGACUGACGACGUGAAAUUAUUAUUUUUGCCCCUACCACAGUCUUCAGUGUCCAGACAGCCGCCUUGCGGAUUCCUGGACGUUGUCUCGCUGAACGCAUCUGGCCUUCCUGGGUAACCGGCGGCCCUCGCUCAACGCCUUCUCUGUGGCCGGUGAGCCGCAAAAGGAAGAUGAACAGCCUGUCCCCCGAAGUGGCCCUGAACCGCAUCACCCCGGAACUGAGGCCUCUCCUUUCCAGCGUGGUGCGUAAUGGUCGCGUGGGCCUGGACUCCAGCAGCUGCCUCCGCAUCACCGACCUCAAAACGGGAUGUACCACCUUGACACCUGGGCCCUGCUGCGAUCGGUUCAAGCUGCACAUCCCAUAUGCUGGAGAGACCCUCAAAUGGGACAUCAUCUUUAAUGCUCGGGACCCAGAGCUGCCUCCGGAUUUCAUCUUUGGGGAGGAUGCGGAGUUCCUGCCUGAGCCCUCAGAGCUUCCGCACCUGGUGCGUUGGGACGCCGGAGACCCCGAAAGCCUGCUGCUGCUGGUGAAAGAGCUCAUUCAGCAGUACCACCGGUACCAGUGCCAGCGGCUGCGCGAGAGCUCCCGGCUGCUCUUUGAAUAUGACAGCCUGUUGGAGGACCCGAGCUACGGCCGCAGCAUGGAGGUCUACGCGGGCCGUAAGAACACCUGGACGGGGGAGUUCUCAGCCCGCUUUUUGCUCAAACUCCCAGUGGACUUCAGCAACAUCCCUGUCUACCUCCUCAAGGACACUUCCCUGGACCCUGGAGAGGAUGUGGCCCUUCUGUCUGUCAGCUUCGAAGACGCCGAAGCCACUCAGGUCUUCCCCAAACUGUACCUGUCCCCGAGCAUUGAGCAUGCUCUGGGAGGCUCGUCCGCACUACACAUCCCAGCAUUCCCUAGUGGCGGCUGCCUCAUCGACUACGUACCUCAGGUGUGCCAGUUACUCACAAGCAAGGUGCAGUAUGUAAUCCAGGGUUACCACAAGAGGAGGGAGUAUAUUGCUGCCUUUCUUAGCCACUUUGGCAUGGGUGUAGUGGAAUAUGAUGCUGAGGGCUUCACCAAGCUCACACUUCUCCUCAUGUGGAAGGACUUCUGCUUCCUGGUGCAUGUGGACCUGCCGCUGUACUUCCCGCGUGACCAGCCCACACUCACCUUCCAGUCCGUGUACCACUUCACCAGCAGCGGGCAGCUCUACUCGCAAGUGCAGAAGUCAUACCCGUACAGUCCGCGCUGGGACGGCAAUGAGAUGGCCAAGAGGGCCAAAGCCUACUUCAAGAGCUUUAUCCCUCAGUUCCAAGAGGGAGCCUUUGCCAAUGGGAAGCUGUAGAACAUCACAGGCAGGACGGCUGCAGUGUGCUUCAACACCGACACGCGUGCUUCUGGUUGUGUCACAGCAGUGUGUGUACAUGUGUGUGUGUAUGCGUGGGUGGUAGUCAGCGUAUUUCAUAUGUAGGAAUUAUUGUGGCUGUCGGUUGAGUUACCAUGUUUGCGGUGAACAUGUCUGCGUGCUGAAAGUCUUUUUUUUGUCAAAUGGUUGCAAUGAGAAGCCUGGAUACACGUGUCAGCAGAGAAAAGUCAGACGUGUUGGUCGCUAAAGUGGUGCAGUCUCAACGUUCAGUGCUUUGGGUCACGAGAGUGGAGCUUGAAGGUGAAUGUGCCCCGUGUUUGUUUGUGUGUGUGUGUUCUGCAAGAAGUGGUGCCAUAAGCUUGUUCUGUUUCUUUAACUGAGUGUAAACCAAUGUGUUUCCAGGCAAUUAGCAGUCAGUUGGCCAUUUUUACCAUGGUAAAUUCAUUGGUCCAUCCAGCCACCUCUUCUGCAGUCAUAUUAGGCAUUGAGGCUGAGUCAGCACGUGAGUUUGAGCCACACUGUUUGCAUGUGUCUCCUGCAUCAAGGGUCUGACAUAGCUGUGACAGUGUUUUCCAUGCUGGGAACUCCCCAUUUUUUCCACUUCCACAAGAUGUAAGCUCCACCCCCUCCCCAGUUUGGGAUGUUUGGAUGAACAGUGGUUACCAGGGUUCAGUGUUCAGGGCUCCCGGCUGUUUGGUCAAUUUAAAAAAAAAAAAAAAAUAGGGGGGACCGUUUUUGAUGACAUCCUCUGUGAAAGGUCUGGGAAACGGAAGGUACUGAAAAAUUAACCUUUAAAUUUCAUUUCCAUGUGACAGAAAUGAAUGGGCCAGCUGGGGUGAGGUGUACACCAGACCCCCCAAACCUCCCCACUUUAUUGGGUAUUAAAAGUGAAUCUAUAGUCAUGCGGUUUGUUGUGUGUUCAGUGAAGCAGCACAUAAUUUCCUCCGUUGACCUCAAGGCUGUGCUCAGGUUGAGUACAGCCCCUGGUACCCCGCUGCAUUUCGGGGACACGGGCAGUGGGAUACACACUCGGCGUUGGGGUACGAGCCUCCUCCAGAUGCACCUCGUACUGAACGAAUCCUUGGUCACGGUCCUGAGGACCCUGGAUUUCCUUCUCUCUCCCUGGAGACGGCAUAAAACCCUCGUGGUCAGCCAUGUGGUCGACUGAAGGACAAGCAUGCCAUGGUGUCGGAGACUCUGGCACAGCUGGUCUUGUGAUACUACCUGGUAAAGUUGGACAAGAGCAUUUUUACUAGUAGUGGAGCCACAGUUGCUGCUUGUCUUGCAGCACUGCGAGAAUUUGUGCAUGUGUGUCUCUUUGUGUUUGUGGCUGGAAGGGAGAUGGAGAGAUACUGCAUGUCUGUUCUUGUCUGAGAGAGAGUUGUGUGUACGAAGAGAGCAGAGACUGCGCGCAGAGGGUGUGUGUGUGUCUGUCUGUGUUUGUGUGUGUGCUUGUGCGUGCUUGUUUUCUUCAUUAAACAUGAGGGUCAUUGUUAGGGGUCUUUGCUGGCCCGCGGGCCAGCCCUCUGCUAUAUUUAUUGUUCGUAAAGCAGGAGCUGUCAUGUUUAAUUGGGAACUAUAGGGUGAACGUAUCUGGGGCAUUUAAUAGCAUCACGUCUUUUAAUAAAAUAAUUAAAAUCAA